GCACAAUCUCAUCCGCUCUAAACAACCUCAUCAAAACUACUUUCUGGUCAGAGAGAAGCAAUAAUUAUUAUUAACAUUUAUUAACGAUCAAUAAACUUGAUUGCAAUAUGGCCAGCACGAUUAAGGAGGCCUUAUCAGUUGUGAGUGAGGACCAGUCGCUAUUCGAGUGUGCCUACGGAACACCACACCUGGCUAAGACAGAGAUGACUGCAUCCUCGUCCAGUGACUAUGGUCAGUCAUCCAAGAUGAGUCCUCGAGUCCCUCAGCAGGACUGGCUGUCGCAACCCCCAGCCAGGGUCACCAUCAAGAUGGAGUGCAACCCUAGCCAGGUGAACGGUUCCAGGAACUCUCCUGAUGCAUGCAGCGUGACCAAAGGUGGGAAGAUGGUGGACAGCCCUGAUCCCGUGGGGAUGAGCUAUAGCAGCUACAUGGAGGAGAAGCACAUGCCACCACCCCCCAACAUGACCACAAGUGAGCGCAGAGUGAUCGUCCCCGCAGAUCCUACUCUAUGGAGCACAGACCACGUCCGGCAGUGGCUGGAAUGGGCAGUGAAAGAAUACGGCCUCCUAGACGUGGACGUCUUGUUAUUCCAGAAUAUUGACGGGAAGGAGCUGUGCAAGAUGACGAAAGAUGAUUUCCAGCGGCUCACUCCGAGCUACAACGCCGACAUCCUUCUCUCACAUCUCCACUACCUCAGAGAGACUCCCCUUCCACAUCUGACUUCCGAUGACGUCGAUAAGGCUUUGCAAAACUCUCCACGGCUAAUGCAUGCUAGAAACACAGGGGGUGCAGCUUUUAUUUUCCCAAAUACUUCAGUAUAUCCCGAAGCUACGCAAAGAAUUACAACUAGGCCAGAUUUACCUUAUGAGCCUCCUAGGAGAACAGCCUGGACUGGCCAUGGCCACCCCACCCCUCAAUCCAAAGCUGCUCAGCCAUCUCCUUCCACAGUGCCCAAAACUGAAGACCAGCGUCCUCAGUUAGAUCCUUACCAGAUUCUGGGACCCACCAGUAGCCGCCUCGCGAAUCCUGGUAGUGGCCAGAUCCAGCUGUGGCAGUUCCUGCUAGAGCUCCUGUCUGACAGCUCAAAUUCCAACUGCAUCACCUGGGAAGGUACCAACGGGGAGUUCAAGAUGACAGACCCUGACGAGGUGGCGCGGCGCUGGGGGGAGCGGAAGAGCAAGCCCAACAUGAACUAUGAUAAACUCAGCCGCGCCCUCCGCUACUACUACGACAAGAACAUCAUGACCAAGGUCCACGGGAAGCGUUACGCCUACAAGUUUGACUUCCACGGCAUCGCGCAGGCCCUCCAGCCCCACCCUCCGGAGUCUUCUCUGUACAAGUACCCUUCCGACCUCCCGUACAUGGGCUCCUAUCAUGCCCACCCCCAGAAGAUGAACUUUGUGGCUCCCCACCCUCCCGCCCUCCCAGUCACUUCGUCUAGUUUCUUUGCUGCCCCAAACCCGUAUUGGAAUUCACCGACUGGGGGCAUCUACCCGAACACUAGGCUCCCCGCCAGCCAUAUGCCGUCUCACCUGGGUACGUACUACUAGAGACCAGAUGGAGGCCUUUCCCAACAGCGUACAAUCACCUAGCAGUCACCACAAACCCAGAGAACACAAAUCGGAAGUGCCUCAUGAGGAAUGAGAAAGGUUGGCCAGAGCUGGGGAAGGAAGCUGGAAACCAAAGACUCACAGGGGAGGGUGGGCAUCACCCAAGUAUUAAUGCAGAAAUAGAGGAAGCUCAAACUAUCAUGGACAUGGACAUAUAACCUGUGGUCCACCCUUGUCAAAGACAUUGUAUUGUAGAAAAGCAUGGCACGGUAAGGACAACUGCCAAAGAAAGUGGCCUUCAGUAGUGGACAAACUAGAGUGUGAGACCUUGCUUGUACCAAACAGGAUUCAGUGAAAGCAAUAGAGAUAACAGUACACAGUCUUGGCCUAACAUACCAUUUAGAAUGUCAUUUGAAGGGGACUACCUGUGUUUAAAAACAGAAACAUAUCAAAACCAAAUAAGAAGACAGGAAAGAUGGCGGCCCCUCCACAAACCACAUUGUGGAUUUUUUUUUUUUUGGCUGGCAUUUGCUGUUUUGAAAUCAUAUUCUUUCCAUUUGAUAGGGGGAGUGGCUACCAGCUUUGUUAAACUGUGAAGAUGACCCAAAAUCUCAGCUCCUUUCAGUAUCACGGGAACUGUGAGCCUCAUGGUGGUUGGGGGAUGUGUAGGGUGUGUGAGUAUGUGAUUUUAGAGGAAAGGCUGAAUGAGGAGGAACGCGUAGAGGAGGAGGGGAUUGGGGAGCAAGUGGAGGAGGAAGAAGAGGAGACAAGGACUAGAAGGCAGUCGCUCAAGCCGUCAAAGCUGAAUUUAGGAUGUCUUGGGACCAAAGAGCGUGAGUUGUGACGCUUGAUGCUGUCAUGUUGUGAGAAAGGACACAGUUUGAUGGAAGACUGGGAGCGGUAGUAUUCAGAACCAAACAUUUCUUUGUAACUGGAAUUGUCUAAUAUUCAAAAAAGAUUGGGACCUCUGCAUGCUGGAGGCUUUGUCCUUCAUGGGAGCAGCUGAGAGGUGACCUUUGUGGCCACCACAGUCAGAGACCAAGCAGGCAUUGUGGGUAGCUGGGCUCCAGUUUUCUUUAACGAGUCGCGAACGCUGUGCGUUUGUCAGAACGAAGUCUACAAACCAAUGGGAUUUUUUUCUUUUUAUAUAAUAAUUAUAUAACUUAUGCAUUUAUACACUACGAGUUGACCUCGGCCAGCCAAAGACACACCACACACACAAAAGGAGACAAUCGAUGAUAUGAUGUGGCCUUGAAUUCUAACUCUGUAACGCUUAAUGUUUACAAUAUGAAGUUACUAGUUCUUAGAUGCAGAAUGUAUGUAAUAAAAUGAGCUUGGCCUCUCACGGC